AUGACCACCUCCAACCCCGCCUGGCAAACCGUCGACCUGCAAUGGCACCCCACCAUGCCCGCCCACCCGGUCACCACCCUCCUGCACCCAACCCGGCCGUCCACGACCGAGCAGAAUCUCAUCGCCCGGAUGUGGGUCCUCUGCGCCAUUGAGAUGCACCCUAAGCUCCAAGCCAUCCCCGCCGCCAACCUGACCCGCCCGCACUUCGCCCGCUAUCGCGCCUUCAUCGCCGCCGAGUUCGAGCGCUUCCACCACCCCAACUACCCGCAGGUCCCGGACUCGCGCGCGCUGGCCGAGUUAUCCAGCGCGGAACGCUACAGUCUCAUGACCGCCCUGCGCGAGCAGACACGGGACUCGGAGCUGUGGCCCGUCAUCGAGGGCCCGUGGCGGGUGUAUGAGAAUGUGGUGGAUAUUGUCGAGGGCAGGAUCAAGCUCGUUAAGGUUCUGCUGAAAGACGGGCUGCUGGAGAGGUUUUAUGACUGGGCGAAUGGGCUGUCCGAGGUCAGGCCUUUGUUUCGGUUGUUGGGGCGGUCGCGCCCUGGGCUGCGGGUGUUGGAGAUCGGGGCGGGGACGGGGGGUACCACUGCUAGGGCUCUGGAAGGUCUUGCGGGUGGGACUGAGGGACCCGGGUUUGGGAAGUAUGUGUUUACCGAUAUCUCGACGCUGUUCUUUGAGAAAGCCCGGGAGAGGUUCCAUGGGUAUGAGGGGGUGGAGUAUCAUGCGUUGGAUAUUACGAAGGAUCCCGCGGAGCAGGGAUUCGAGGUUCUGCAUGCGACGCCAUGUUUGGUGGAAACACUGAAGCAUUGUCGCUUGUUGCUCCAGCCGAAGGGGGUGCUCUUUCUUCAGGAGCUGUCGCCGCCAGGGAAAUAUGUGGAUUACAUGGUGGGACUUUUGCCCGGCUGGUGGCUGGGUGAGGCGGAUGGGCGUGCGGAUGGCCCCUGUGUGCCUCCGGAGGAAUGGGAUCAACGACUGCAACUGGCGGGCUUUGAGGGAUUGCAUGCUGUUGGCUUGGACAGUGAGCCUCCAUUCUACUACAAUGCCAAUAUGCUGGCUCGACCGGCCGUGUAG